AGCCGAUGGCGGCCGCCGUCCCGCCGGGAGCCGUGGAGCUGCCGCAGCUGGCGGAAAAUCUGCUCUGCCGGCUGCAGGAGAAUUUUCAGGCUCUGACGGAAAAGUUGACGCUGAGGAUGGAAGAAAUGGGCGAGCGCAUCAAUGACCUUGAGAAGCGCGUUGCUGACCUGAUGACAGAGGCUGGGGUAGAAAACAGCGAUGAAGAGUUGGGAGUAAAGACAUUUACUUAAGUUUUUCUGUGUUUUGUACAUUUCCACUUAGUUUUGAAUGAAGGGCGAGUAAUGGUGUUGACAUAUUUAGUAUACCUGCAUUUUCUUGGAUUUGAAAGUGUACUUUUUAAAAACAUGUUUAAUAUACCUUGGAAAUUUUUUUUGCCACGAGCCAAAGAAUGCGACCACUUUUACAAAAGAAAAACGGCAUCUUGCUGCCUCUGUUCCAGCUGAGUGCCAUAUACAAGGGGCUAGUGCCAACUCAUCCCAAGUGUGUAAACUGAGGCUGUUCAUUCAUAGUGAAAUGUGUGUGGCUUGAAGUACUCCUGCCCACCAUUCCCUCAGGUAUGCUAACCUAGCUGAGGAUUCUCACUGGUAUAAAUUUAUUUACCUCUGCUUUUAAACCUCCUACGGCCUCCCAGUGUGGCUUGCAGCACACCUCUCACACACACUCACCCCAAACACAGCAGUAAAUUACAGUCAAUCACUUUAUAAUAUAAAAUCAUGCUGCAUUUUGAGAUUGCGUUCUGGAUUUUAUAUCAGUCUGUUGCAAAUGCCCUCCCUGAUGGAUGCCUGACUCUGUUCUUAGUAUUUAUGAGGCAGCACUGCUUCCAUGUUCUGUGGAUGCAAGUGAUGUUGUCUUUCUGUUGAUGCACACUUUCCUGAUUCAAAUUGAGACACAUCAGUUAUUCUUGUCAUUGGAACUUCUUACCCAGUGAAAGACAAGGAUGUCUGUAUUGUGAACUAAUUUAGGAAUCUGUUCAUUCUGAAGCCUUUUAGACAAGGUUCGCAAUAAUUUUCAGAAAUGCAGAAAGAUAAUCCACAAAGAUGUAUUUAACUAUACGGAGAUCUUCCUACCUCCGUGCUGAAUCACGUUCAUGAAUAAAUCACUAACCUACUUAUUCACUGUAUCUUUGCAGCACUGAAAUGAGGAUGUGCUCGAGGAAGAUUAAAGGCAGAACAGCAUGGCACUGACUCCAAGAUUUUACAGUCAGGUGUCACACUGACAAAAAAAUGUUAAGGGAAAAUAAAUGUGUUUGCAUCAUGUCAUAAAAGAACCUUGAAAAAAUUUUAAACUAUUGCCCCAGGAAAAAAUAGAAAGCUGGAUUUGUUCAUCUAAGUGGGGCACUGUAUUUCCUGGAGCUGAAAAAGAAGUGUUAGUUUCAGAGAGGUCAAAGCCACUACUUUGGAUAGAAAACUAUAUCCUAUAUAGUGAACUUACCCCAUCAUAAAUGUUUUCAAUGUAUGAAAAUGUAUUUAUUUUAAUAUUAAAAUGUGUUGCCUUUUUAGCUUGUAUGUUCUUAGAAUAAACCAUUCUAUACUAAAAAAAA